UGAGAUCUAAAACCAGACCCAAGCAAAUUAAAUUCCCUCAAGAUUCAAUUCUCUUGAGUUCAAUGUCUGGAUUCAAAGCUAAUAUAUUCUAUGUCAGGAUUUCUUGAGUGCUAUGCCAGGAUCCAAGGCGAAUGAAUCAUGCAAUCAUGAUGCAAGCCUAAUAGGUUCUACAUCACGAACCAAUUCUUUUGGAUUUAUAAUAGAACUCCAUCCUAAACUCAUAGUGUUUUAUCCUUUUUUUUAAAGAAAAGGAAAGAAAAGAAACUCAGAAAAAACGCUUCUCUUUUGUUUUCUUUGCCAUCAAACCUAGUCCGGAAAGCGAAACCCUUGUUUGGAUCUCUUGAAGGCAAUCAUAUAAUUAAAACCCACAAAGAGCGAAGUGAACACCCAAACAUGGACGGUUACCAACAGCAGCAGCAGCUUCACGGAUACAUGAGACCGCCACCACCACAGCAACAGCAACAGCAACAGCAACAACAAGUGCCACCAUCGGCGGCGGAUCCUUACCACUACUACCACCAGCACCAGCCAAGACCACCAGUUCCUCCACAACCGCAAGGAAGCACUACAUGGUACUCCAACCAUUUCCAAUACCAUCCACCACAGCCACAGCCACCGCCACCGCCACCACCAUCCCACUCUACAUCUCCUCCACCUCCCCAGCAGUGGCCUGUACCUCCUCCUCCCUCUUCUUCAUAUCCUUAUCCUACGCACCUUCCCCCUCAAAGCCACAACUUCCCUCCUCCUCGCCCCCACGUGCCUCCACCAACACAACCUUACUCUCAGGAAUGGGGGAAUCCUAAUUGGGGACAGCACCAAGCUUGGGAAUAUCCAGCAGCAGCUAAUAACCAUGUGGAGGAUUGGGCUGCUAAGGCCAGAGCAUGGGCAGCUGCGAAAAAAGGGUCACCUGACGACCAGCAUCCUCAGUCUCAGUUUACACCAGUUGGCAGAUCAGAAGAACAAAGUUGGUAUUAUGACCAGUAUCCGCAAACUGUCGAUACUCAUUAUCAAGGUCUUCAGCAGCAUCCAUUUCCUGCAACGGGCUAUCAACAGUUUCCAGUUUCAGGCACUCCUUUGCACCAGCCACCGGUAGCUUAUCCACAGGAGAAUGCAUCUUUCAAGAUGGGACAAUCUUCAUAUGUUUCUGAUAGGCCCCUACCCUACACUGGUGGGGCUGCAUCUUCGAUUACAAGUCCGUCUGUUCAUCAGCAGGAGGUACCUUCUAGUUAUUCUUCUGUUACAGGUAAAGAAGAGACUGAAGGUCCAAAGGAGCAGCUUUACAAAUCAUUGCCUUUGGCCAUUUCCUCUGCUCAAGAAGGGCAGCAUCAUAUCCCACCAUCACUGCCUGCUGCUGGUAGAUCAGUUUUGACCGAGCAGCCUUUUGCAUACAGCAAUCAGGCAUCUAAUCCCACAGCCGACCUCAGUAACCAGCCUUUGGAAUUUGCACCUGGUUUCAACUCUGAUCAAGAUCCUCAUGUACAAUCAAGCUAUGCUGCACAUCAUGAUUCAGCAGGAACUGUGAAAAGCUUUGGCCCUGCUGCACCCAUGCCUUCAAUUAGUUCCUGGAAUCCUGCUGUUACAACUGGUGUAGUUUAUCCCCCAAUUCCUCCAGUUUUUCCACCAGGGCCUCAGGAUCCUACCAUAUCUGUGCCUUCUUCUGUUUCUGGGCAUGCUGCACCACCAUUUGGAAACUUUCCUGGAACAAGUUUUCAGGCCACAAUUUCACCAGUUGGUGUGCCAUAUGGUCUUGGUGCAGGAAAUGCACUUCAUCCUACUGGAGGCUUCGCAGAUGCUUAUGGGGUUUCUAAUGUUUCUGAACGCCCAAAAAAGUCUUCUGUGCCUAAUUGGCUUAAAGAAGAAAUAAUUAAGAAUGCCCCUGUCAUGAUGAGGCCUUCUCUAGAGCAUCCUAGAGAGGAAACACAAUCUAUUGAGGAUGAAGGUGUUGAAAAAUCAUUUGGAAAGGGUAAUCAAGCAGGUAGCAAAAGCAUCGAUUCCCCAAGUUCUACUGAAGAAAAGGAUGAUGAUGAGGAUUAUGCCGAAGCAGCCAGGACUGCAGCUAUUAACCAGGAAAUCAAACGUAUCCUAACUGAAGUUCUUUUGAAGGUUACUGAUGAGCUGUUUGAUGAAAUUGCAACGAAAGUUCUUGAGGAAGAUGAUCUGAUGGUUGAAGUUGAGCACCAACCAGCUGCUUCAAAUCAAAAGGUAUCAUCCCCAUCUCACCCAGCUAUCUCAACUCUAAAGGCUUCUGCAAAGGUUCUAGUUCCUGUUGGAAACAAGGAAUUUGAGAAUGAAGAUGUCAAUGAAAAAUCUAGUUCCAGCUCCCCUGGAAAUGUUUUGGGUCUCGCUAACUAUGCCUCUGACGAAGAUGAUGAUGAAAUCCAGAGUUCCAGUGUAUCAAAUUCGAGGAAAAAUUCUGUGGUUCAACCAUUGGCCAUUCCAGAGAUUGCUGAAGAUAAUGAUGCAGCUGAAAAUGGCAAUUCACAAGUAGAACUUGUAAAGAACACUGGAGCUACAAAUUUAGAGAGUGAUCUGAGCAAAACAAGUUCAACUGGGUCUGAUAAUAAAAUCAAUGGUGCUUUUAGUGAGGUGAGCGAGCAUGUGCAUUCUGAGGUGGUCUUUGGAGCCAGACAUGUUGAAAUUAGUGUCAAUGGAGAAGAAAAAAUAGAAAGCAAUAACAAGGCUGCAUCCAAAGCUACAAUUGGAGAACAUGCCAAAAUGAAAUCUGAACCACUUGGUGAGAGUCUCAGUGUGGAAAAAUCUGUGGUCGAUUAUUCUCAUACUAGGGGUACCAGGGUGAGGUCAGAUCAAGACAGUCGACAUGAAACUAGAAGUAGUGGGAGUAGGGCAGAUGAGAAGGGGGAUGAUGGUCACAGGAGACAGGAUGGAAAGCAUCUAAGCAAGGAAAAAACAGAUGAUCUGAAUGGCUCAAAAGAGAAAAAGAAAGAGCGAAAUGAUAAGACAGGAGCUAGUGCAAAGGAACCAGAAUCAAGAAGAAGGUCAUCUCAUCCUGAAGUCAAGGAGGACAGGAAAGAGGAAGAAAAACCCCACAGAUCUAGUGCCAAAGAAAAUGCCAUCAGAAAGAGAGACCGCACAAAGGAAAAGGAGGAAGACAAAGCAAGACAUAAACCUACCAGUGAUUCAAUCAAGCACAAGAGAACACGCUCCUCAUCAAUCAGCAGUAGGGGUAGAAACUGCAAGGACAAUGAUUCUAGUGAUGAAGCUUCAGAUCCUAAGAGGAAACAUUCAAGGAAACGGCGUUCUUCACCAUCACCUGUCAGAUCUAGAAGAAGACAAGUAUCGCGGUCACCUCAUAGCAAGCAUUCCCAGCGCAGGCAUUCUCCCUACUCUUCUUUUGAGACCACAAGGAGGAGAUCAAGAUCCCAAUCACCUGUCAGGCGGCACAAAUGAUCUAAGAUAAGAAAAGAGGAUUCCUUGGAAUGAUGCAGGCUCUGAAAUCCUAGGCAUUUCUGAUUGGAGGUUUGGAGAAAGAUCUAAUGUGUCCUCUUGAAAUUAUUUGAUGUGCCCUGAAUUAGGGAUCAGGCCUAAAUUCCUUAAAUCAGUCCGGGAUGUUGAAUUUCUGGUAUGCUGGGUGACGUGCUUAGGGAAGUUUAGUGGGUAAUGCAAAAUCUAUUUGCAUGGUAUGUAAUGUCCAGGUUAAGUUGAUAAGGGCUUUAAUGGGGUGCUCAAUGAAGGCUUUGUCCGUUCUAUAAUUGUUAAAUAUGUUGUAUUUCGAUAGCAUGCAGCUGGGAAUUUUGUUGGGCUACAUUUUAGUGCCUUUUCACUGAAAAUAUGACGACAGCCUUUGUGAAUUUUCAUGUAUGAUUCGACACUGGAAUUUUUCAGCUUAGAUAGUAGUUUAAUUAGAAUCAACUUAGAGAGGCAAUUCACAAGGCGUAAUGAGCUAGUUGGGGAAAUCUGAUGGUGGGUGGAACUUCCAUUGAAAGCUGAAGCACUUUAGCUUGUGAUCUGUGAGAGAGUAAAUUAUAAGCUGGUCCCGCUAGUUUUGAGAAAUGAAUUAAUCAGUCCCCCUUGCUUCAUCAGUUCAUUAUGUAAUUCCUUGACUGGUAUUGAUUAUGCUUAAUUUAAUAUUAUUUCAUUUCGAAA